UCAUGGGAUUAACGAUACUGCUAAGUAUUCUGCAAAAUGCACCGCCAAAAUUUGGAAGGCUGAGGUCGGAGUGAAAUGGAGGGAGACAUUGGCGGUGAGGUUCCCUGCUCUUCCUUCGCGGUCGACUCCGCCCUACGCGUAGGCACCGUAGGGAACAUCCCUCUGCUUCUCCGUCCUCCUCUACUUGUGUGUGCUGGGUUAAUCUGGGGUUCUUGUACAGGAUCGCUCGAAGCUACCAAAUUAGGUCUAACUGGCAUUACUCGUGCAUCUUUCGCUAAGUCAGCGGGUCGAUAUGGCAUUCAAUGGGGACUCUUUGCUACAGUUUUAUCUUUUACUCGCUGUGGACUACAGAGAUAUCGCGGGCAACAUGAUUGGGUAAAUCCUGUAGUUGCGGGUGCUGUAGCUGGGACAGUUAUCGGUGCUAGUGCGCGUAAUUGGAAGCAGGCUGCUGGAGUUUCUGGCCUUGUUUGUGCCUUGUAUUACGCUGCUGAAGAUGCCACGUGAUUUUAAGAUGUCUGGUCUCAAUAAAGCCCACAGUAACGAACAAGAUGAGACCACAUUGUUUGCAGAAAGAUUGAGCGAGUGCAUGAUCUCAUUAGAUGAGCUUAGGCAAACUUAAUUCUGUCAGGAGAACAUUUCAAUCCUGUGUUUGUUUGUUAGUAUUUUCCAGGCUUCUUGAGGGAAUUUGGGUGGAAGGGUGCUUCUUUAUGUUAUUUUGUUAGCAUCUCUGGCCAUAGUUGAUUCUGGUGAAACAUGUAUAGACAGACAAUGAAUUAAGAUUUUAAGGGGAAAAUGGUAUGGUUUCCAGUGUAGAUUUGUUUUGAUGGAAACCAGCCUCUGAUUAGAAGGCUAGAUUUUGAAAGGCAGGAGUUGUGUGGAGUAGUUUUGUAACCUGCUACUGAGUGAUAAAUCAAGGCGGAUGCACUGUGGUUGGACUAAAUUCA